AUGAAUUAUAAAUCGUUGGCGCCUAAACGCCUUAUAAAAAAAUUUUGCUGUUGGCACUUUACAAGGAAAGCCCAUGAUUCAUUACAGUCGUCUGAGUGCAGUGACCUGCUCCGAAUCACGACAGGGCGAUUCUUGAGCCGCCCCGAGCGCCAGCCAGGUAAGUUUAAAUCGUCACCACUAUAUCAUACCUACCACAUCUCAGCACUCAAAUCGGGUGCUUACACCAUCUCUCAAAUUUACACUUAA